AGAAAAAGUCCAUGUACCUCCAAAGAAACCCUACAUUUUCAUGAGAGGCAAUGGAAAAGGUAGGACAUCAAUUGUAUGGGCAGAAAGUUCUACAGACAACUCCAAAUCUGCUACUUUUAGAGUUGAAGCUCCUAAUUUCGUUGCCUUUGGCAUUAGCUUCAAGAAUCAAGCACUUAAUGGUGUAACUUCUACCUCACAAAACAAGUCAUCAGUAGCAGCUUUGGUUGGAGCAGACAAAGUUGCCUUCUAUCAUUGUGCAUUUUUGAGCUCUCACAACACUCUCUUUGACUACAAAGGCAGACACUAUUAUGAUGAUUGUUACAUUCAAGGUUCCAUAGACUUCAUUUUUGGCCGUGGCCAAUCUUUAUUUCAUAGCUGUGAGAUAUUUGUAAUUGCAGAUAGAAGGGUAGAGAUUCAGGGUUCAGUGACAGCACAAAGUAGAUAUAGUGCCAAAGAAAACAGUGGUUUUGUGUUUGUUGAAGGAAAGGUAUAUGGAAUUGGAGGUGUGUACUUAGGAAGAGCCAAAGGGGCUUAUUCCAGGGUCAUUUUUGCACAUACUUACUUGUCUAAGACAAUUGUACCUCAAGGCUGGACUAAUUGGAGCUCUCCAGGAUCAACAAAGAAUUUAUAUCAUGCUGAAUACAAGUGCUAUGGACCAGGGUCUGGUGCAGAAGGUCGUGCCCCAUGGUCAAAGCAAUUGAAUGACAAAGAAGCCAUGCCAUUUCUCUCUGUAGAUUUCAUCCAAGGCAAAGAAUGGCUUCCAGCUUGGCUUUAAAAUUGAUUAUUUUGGAAGAUUAUAAAUUAAUUUGCCUCUUUAAAUGAUAUACAGAUCAUAGAAGAUAGACGAAUAUAUUUAUUAGUUAAUCUUACUAUUAGCCAUGAAGUGCAUCUUGUGUUAAUUAUGAUGCCUCUGGCUAAACAUUUUAGUUAUUUAAACAGUUAGUGUAAAGUUUCACACGGAAUAUAUAGUGAAUAAUUACACAUCUAUGAUUAUAGUUA